AUGGCGAAGCGUGAAGAAGAUGAGAGCUUCGAGCUCCAACAAAACAGAUGGACUGAAUUGAUUAACUUACGCCAGGCGAUGAUAGAUUAUAAGAUGGACCCUGCGGGUGUUGAGCUUGCCAUCUCUAAUGUCUUUGAUCCCAAGAAAGGGCGUAUCAUCGAAAGCAUGAUUUUGGAUGGCCAAAAGUUGAUGGCCACGAUACUCCGGCUAGAAGAGCUUCAGAUCGAUCCGUCGAACGUGAAGAUGACUCUGGAGAAGGCUUUUGUUCCAGGCAUGAAUGGCGCAUACGACUCAGAUCUUCUCAGAGUGAAGGGAAUGAUCGAAAUGAGAGAGCAGAUGGCUGCGAUGGGCCUCCCAACUGGAUGUGUCGAGGUCAGCAUUUCGGAGGUCUUCAAGACUGUCAAGUCUGAAGAAGUGUCCGAGGCUUCUGCCACCAAGCCAUUUUCACCAACGGCGGGAAUCAUCCAGCCCGUAGAGCUCGACGCCUCUCCAAUCGCUAUCUUCAACCAAUCGACCGCAGAGAUUGGCAAGCCGGCUGAAUUAGAUGCAUCUGAGACUGCUAUUACCAUGCAGUCAUCAUCGAGCACAGAAGCCGGCAAGCCUGUAGAGAGUCCAGCUCGGCUCACUGAGAUGAGGCCUGUGUCGAAAGACACAGAAACCGACAAGCCCGCCGAGGUACCCUCUCAACCCACUAGCAUGAAGCAUCCGUCGUCAGAUGUAGAACACAUCGCAAUUAUAGGCACAUCAAUCAAGGCAAUGGACCUGGAUUCCUCUCCGGCUACCACGUCCUCCCCCUUGGCAAAAGCACCUUCAGUCUCAACCAGCCCCUCUACUGUCCGCUCGGCACCUUCGGCAAAGACAGCCUCAAGCCUAAACCGCCCGUCUACUCCCCGCCCGACACUUUCUGCGAAGAGGAGCGCUCCCACGGACACUGAGAUUGAGCUUGGUUCUGCACAAAAUCCCAUUUGCUUAGGAUCUUCGCCUGCUCCCCCCAAACGCCAGAGGACAACGAACGAUGUCGCAUCCAGGGCUGAUCCCAAGACGAGAGAGAGCUGGAAAAUCCCAAUCGAGUCCGUUGGGAUCAUGGGUCUACAUCUCAAGCCCAGAUACGACGAUGCAGACCUGAGCAUUGCCUUUGAUGUUGUGACCCAGCGCGUCGUCUUCUUUAAAGGCCAACAAUCUCUCACAGCGCUGUACCCGGGUCUUGAGAUCGUUCCAGAGGCUCUGCUUAGUGUGACACGGCCCUUGUAUACUCAAUCAAAGCAGCUCAGAGUGCGUUUCAUGUGGCUCGACACCGAUGCAGAGGAAAGUUUUUUGGACAUCACGAUCGCCACUAAACAGGACUGUCGAGUACUGAUCGCUAGACUGAAAAACCUUACUUCUUUCUCGGAAAUCCUGUUACCUGAACCCCGCAUGAACAGGCUCUAUGAAGACGCCACCUGGGUCGUGAAUGAAACCCCCAAUGCAUUCGGUGUCAGCGUGACAAAGUUUUCUGAGAAUGUGUGGCUGGACUGA